GUGCCAUAAAACGAAAAGUGGAAUUGGAGUGGGGGACAGAGGAUACAGAAUAUCUACAGAAGGUGCAUACUCAUGUGGAAGGAGCAUUAAAUGAAUUAAAGCCUGACAUCAUUGUUUAUAAUGCUGGGACUGAUGUUCUGGAUGGUGAUCCGUUGGGAGGACUUGCUGUUUCUCCUCAGGGAAUUGUGAAGAGAGAUGAAGUUGUGUUCAAGGCUGCUAGAAGCCGCAGGAUCCCAAUCCUGAUGGUGACAUCUGGAGGCUACCAGAAGAGGACAGCACGGAUUAUUGCCGACUCCAUCCUCAAUUUGCACAACCUAGGGCUUAUUGACUAGCAACCAGCAGAGGUGACAAACCCUAUGGUGGAACAGAUGAUUAGAGGCUCUAAUAAAGACUUAACCAACGUGUCACUGCAAUUAAAGUGA